UCUCUCUCUCUCUCUCUCUCAGGCCAGCCAGUUGUAGCUACUUACCAACUUGCUCAGCUCCACCUCAGCCAUGGGCGUACUGCGCCACCGCCGCCCACAUCACCAUUCCACCCUCACAUGUACAGCAGCCUUGGCUUUCCUCUUCAUCAUAACCUCAGCCUCCGCCAUACGUACUACUCCAACCCAACUCGGUGACACCGAAGUAGUCAGUGGUUCGUCUAUACCGGAAGAUGAGCUUACGGCGGAGAAGAGACAGCUGGGAGGGCCGGGCUCUGCUCCGCCACGAUGUAGAUCCAAGUGUGGAAGAUGCUCGCCCUGCAAGGCGGUCCACGUACCCAUUCAGCCAGGUCUGAGCAUACCUCUCGAGUAUUAUCCAGAAGCUUGGCGCUGCAAGUGCGGCAAUAAGCUCUUCAUGCCUUGAUCUUUAAUUAUCUUUAGUUAGCUAGCUACUAAUUAGUUACACAGAAGAGACUGAGAGAGAGAGAGAGAGAGAGCUUAGUAGCUUCUUAAGAAUCAUCUCAAAUCUAGCUAGCAAGCUCCCAGUAAUUAAUUAAUUACUGAUUGUUUAGCAUUUGAUGUUAAUAUUUUACUCCAUCGAUUCUUGCUUGAAACGUCGUGGGGGACAAGUGAGGUGUUGGGAAUGUAAGAUUUUGUUUAGAUAUCCACGCACUCUAUCUCUUAUUGUUUAUGAUCCUCAUCUUCGUCAUCUUCAUCAUCAUCCUG